AUGGCGGCGGUCGAAUUCUCAUCCGUGAAACCACCGACCCCGAGUAGGUUACAAAGUAAUAUAUCUGAUACGGCAGUUUUAUCAGCCGAUCAAUGUAUUGAAAAAGCAACCGAGAAACUUCUGUUUAAAGACUUCAACGAGUGCAUACGACUUUGUGAGGCAGGAAUUACCGAGGCUCAAAUGCAACCUGACACUGUGAGUCAUAGUGUACAGAUAAAACUGGAGGCGCUGUGUAUAUUGGCUGUGCAAGCCUAUGCUGAACUUAACCAGUGGCAACAGGUGAUGCCCUUUGUGCAGCAGGUAUUUGGCAGUGUGGAAGAUUGUCCUUAUAAAGUUAUGCACCUAUGUAUCCUGUUGCAUUCAAAAAUCAAGGAAUAUACACAGUGCUAUGCUCUGUCAAGUGUUUGGUUAAAACACCCAGGGAACAUUGGGAGUCAACUAAUUACCUACUACAGCACGUUACACACACCAAAAACGGAAGGUAAUACAUCCAGCAAUUUCAGUCGACUGUCAGGUAUUGGAAGAAAUCUUAUCAAUGCAUUAAAAUCUUUUUUGUGGCCAGGAUCAUCAUCAUAGCAACAGAGAAAGAGGUGAUGGGCCUCCCCAUGUUACAAAUGAUUGAAAAAACAGAUAUGGAGGUGAUUUACUUUUUGUUUACCAGGGGGGAUUUUCGAUGUGAUAACUUUCUGUUUGCAUGGAGGAAUUCUCAGUAAAGGACUUCCUGUUUACCAGAGGGAAUUCCCUGUUGAGGACUUCUGUUUACCAGAGGGAAUUCCCAGUGGAGGACUUCUGUUUACCAGAGGGAAUUCCCAGUGGAGGACUUCUGUUUACCAGGGGGAAUUCCCAGUAGAGGACUUCUGUUUACCAGAGGGAAUUCCCAGUGGAGGACUUCUUACCAGGGGAAAUUCUCAGUGGAGGAUUUCUUACCAGGGGAAAUUCUCAGUGGAGGACUUCUUACCAGGGGAAAUCCUCAUUAAAGAACUUCAUGUUUACCAGAGGGAAUUCUCAGUAAAGGACUUCCUGUUUACCAGGGGAAAUUCUCAGUAAAGGACUUCCUGUUUACCAGAGGGAAUUCUCAGUAAAGGACUUCCUGUUUACCAGGGGGAAUUAUCAGUAAAGGACUUCCUGUUUACCAGAGGGAAUUCUCAGUAAAGGACUUCCUGUUUACCAGGGGAAAUUCUCAGUAAAGGACUUCCUGUUUACCAGGGGGAAUUCUCAGUAGAGGACUUCUGUUUACCAGAGGGAAUUCCCAGUGGAGGACUUCUUACCAGGGGAAAUUCUCAGUGGAGGAUUUCUUACCAGGGGAAAUUCUCAGUGGAGGACUUCUUACCAGGGGAAAUCCUCAUUAAAGAACUUCAUGUUUACCAGAGGGAAUUCUCAGUAAAGGACUUCCUGUUUACCAGGGGAAAUUCUCAGUAAAGGACUUCCUGUUUACCAGAGGGAAUUCUCAGUAAAGGACUUCCUGUUUACCAGGGGGAAUUAUCAGUAAAGGACUUCCUGUUUACCAGAGGGAAUUCUCAGUAAAGGACUUCCUGUUUACCAGGGGAAAUUCUCAGUAAAGGACUUCCUGUUUACCAGGGGGAAUUCUCAGUAAAGGACUUCCUGUUUACCAGAGGGAAUUCUCAGUAAAGGACUUCCUGUUUACCAGGGGGAAUUCUCAGUAAAGGACUUCCUGUUUACCAGAGGGAAUUCUCAGUAAAGGACUUCCUGUUUACCAGGGGAAAUUCUCAGUAAAGGACUUCCUGUUUACCAGAGGGAAUUCUCAGUAAAGGACUUCCUGUUUACCAGGGGGAAUUGUCAGUAAAGGACUUCCUGUUUACCAGGGGAAAUUCUCAGUAAAGGACUUCCUGUUUACCAGUGGAAAUUCUCAGUAAAGGACUUCCUGUUUACCAGAGGGAAUUCUCAGUAAAGGACUUCCUGUUUACCAGUGGAAAUUCUCAGUAAAGGACUUCCUGUUUACCAGGGGGAAUUCUCAGUAAAGGACUUCCUGUUUACCAGGGGGAAUUGUCAGUAAAGGACUUCCUGUUUACCAGUGGAAAUUCUCAGUAAAGGACUUCCUGUUUACCAGAGGGAAUUCUCAGUAAAGGAUGUCCUGUUUACCAUGGGGAAUUCUCAGUAAAGGACUUCUUUUUUACCACUGGCUAAAUUAAGAGUAAUGGAAGUCACAUAAUACCUGGUCUAUAGCAGGUGUGAUAACUAUACGUAGAUACAUUUAUAAACAAUAUGCAACUUAAGGAAUUAUGUGUGACUCAAAUCAAGAUCUGAUAAAUUUACAUAUCUUGGUUACUACUUUUUGAUACAUUGUAGUGCUACUGGAGUUAAAUGAUGUGUUAUCCCCAUGGCACCUUUGUUUAGUUAGAAGAAAAGUGAUUUUUUGUGCAAUAUGCAGUUAUGGUUUAAUGUUGAUAUUGUUGCAUACUGCACAGUAUAAAGGAUAUUUUGAUAUUUGGUGUUUUGCAUUUCAUUUCAAUGGUUAGAGUCCAGAAAACUUAUGUUAUAGACUGUUGUCCAACAUGUGUGACCUGUCUGUCUGAGUGUCAUGUCUGUCCUGUCUGUCUUGUGUGUCCUGUCUGUCCUGUGUGUCCUGUCUGUCCUGUCUGUCUGCGUGUCCUGUCUGUCUGUGUGUCCUGUGUGUCCUGAGCCUGGGUAUCCUGCCUGUCUGUGUGUCCUGUCUGCCUGUGUGUCCUGUGUGUCCUGUGCCUGGGUAUCCUGCCAGUCUGUGUGUCCUGUGUGUCCUGUGUGUCCUGUGCCUGGGUAUCCUGCCAGUCUGUGUGUCCUGUCUGUCCUGUGUGUCCUGUCUGUCCUGCCAGUCUGUGUGUCCUGUGUGUCCUGUGUGUCCAGUUUGUCCUGUGCCUGGGUAUCCUGCCUGUCUGUGUGUCCUGUCUGUCUGUGUGUCCUGUCUGUCCUGUGUGUCCUGUGUGUCCUGUGUGUCCUGUGCCUGGGUAUCCUGCCUGUCUGUGUGUUCUGUCUGUCCUGUGUGUCCUGUGCCUGGGUAUCCUGCCUGUCUGUGUGCUAGUUAACAUAUCUGUUGAACAUAUUUUGAUUUUAUUGCUAGUUUUGAAUGGAUCUGUACUGCAUUGCAUUGCAAAUUAUCAUGUAAAAUAUUCUUGUGAACUACCAACAUAACAUGCAACCCUACAUAAAGGCCAUCAUUGCUCUCCAUUAUUUCAAUUAAAAUACUAAGUGUAGUGUAAGUGCUAUAACUAGUUAGUUCUAUUUUAGUGUAUCUAGUACAGCUUGUUAGUUCUACCUUAGUGUAACUAGUACAGCUUGUUAGUUCUACCUUAGUGUAACUAGUACAGCUUGUUAGUUCUACCUUAGUGUAUCUAGUACAGCUUGUUAGUUCUACCUUAGUGUAACUAGUACAGCUUGUUAGUUCUACCUUAGUGUAACUAGUACAGCUUGUUAGUUCUUCCUUAGUGUAACUAGUACAGCUUGUUAGUUCUACCUUAGUGUAUCUAGUACAGCUUGUUAGUUCUACCUUAGUGUAACUAGUACAACUUGUUAAUUCUACCUUAGUGUAACUAGUAAAACAUGUUAAUUCUACCUUAGUGUAACUAGUACAGCUUGUUAGUUCUACCUUAGUGUAACUAGUACAGCUUGUUAGUUCUACCUUAGUGUAACUAGUACAGCUUGUUAGUUCUACCUUAGUGUAACUAGUACAACCUGUUAGUUCUACCUUAGUGUAACUAGUAAAACAUGUUAAUUCUACCUUAGUGUAACUAGUACAGCUUGUUAGUUCUACCUUAGUGUAACUAGUACAGCUUGUUAGUUCUACCUUAGUGUAACUAGUACAGCUUGUUAGUUCUACCUUAGUGUAACAAGUACAACUUGUUAAUUCUACCUUAGUGUAACUAGUACAGCUUGUUAGUUCUACUUUAGUGUGACUAGUACAGCUUGUUAGUUCUACUUAAGUGUAACUGGUACAACUUGUUAAUUCUACCUUAGUGUAACUAGUACAACUUGUUAAUUCUACCUUAGUGUAACUAGUACAACUUGUUAAUUCUACCUUAGUGUAACUAGUACAACUUGUUAAUUCUACCUUAGUGUAACUAGUACAGCUUGUUAGUUCUACCUUAGUGUAACUAGUACAGCUUGUUAAUUCUACCUUAGUGUAACUAGUACAACUUGUUAAUUCUACCUUAGUGUAACUAGUACAGCUUGUUAGUUCUACCUUAGUGUAACUAGUACAGCUUGUUAGUUCUACCUUAGUGUAACUAGUACAGCUUGUUAGUUCUACUUUAGUGUAACUGAUACAGCUUGUUAGUUCUACUUUAGUGUAACUAGUACAAAUUGUUAGUUCUGCUUUAGUGUAACUGGUACAGCUAGUUUCGUCAACUUCAGUGGAACUAGUACAGCUUGUUAGUUCUACUUUAGUGUAACUACUACAUUUAGUUUGGUCUACUUUAUUGUAAAUAGUAAAACUAUUUUAAUCUACUUAAGUGUAACUAUUAGAGCUAGUUAGUUCUACUUCAAUGUAACAAGUACAUCUUUUUAGUUCUAGUUUAGUGUAACUGGUACAGCUAGUUCGGCCUGCUUUAUUGUCAGUAGAAUAAUUGUGUUACAGACAUUUUCUAGUUCUUCUCCUUUUUUUUUACACAUUUGAAAGCUUUUUGUAAAACUUCUUUCAUUAAAGAUUUGAUGUUACUACAUAAA